AUGAGCUUGCGUGCAUUGACUUUGAAGGCUUCCGCUAGACCUAUGGUAGGUCUAGCUGCUCGUAGAUCUCCUGUUAUGGGUCUACGUUACAUGUCCACACCAACUCCAAAUCCAGUAGAACCAAAGAAUAAGGCAAAUUCAAUCAUUGAAGCAUUGCCAGGUAACAGUGCAUUGUCCAAGACCGGUAUUUUGGGUACCUCCGCUGCUGCAAUCGUCUACGCUAUCUCCAACGAAUUGUAUGUGGUUAACGAUGAAAGUAUCUUGUUAGGUACUUUCUUGACAUUUGCUGCUCUUUUCGCUAAAUACUUGGCUCCUGGUUACAAGGAUUGGGCUGAUGCUAGAGUUAAAAAAGUGCAAGAUAUUUUGAAUGCAUCCAGAACUAAACACGUUGACGCUGUUAAGCAAAGAAUUAACUCUGUGGGUGAAUUGCAAAAUGUUCAAGAUAUCACAAAUGUUCUGUUCCAAGUUUCAAAGGAAACCGUUCAAUUGGAAGCUCAAGCUUUUGAAUUGAAACAAAAAGUUGAAUUAGCUCGUGAAGCUAAAUCUGUCUUAGACUCAUGGGUUAGAUAUGAAGCCAGUGUUCGUCAAUUGCAACAGAAACAAUUGACCCAAAGCGUUAUCUCUAAGGUCCAAGCAGAAUUACAAAAUCCAAAAUUCCAAGACAGAGUCUUGCAACAAUCCAUCUCUGAGGUGGAACAAUUGUUUGCCAAGUUGAAAUAA